AUGGUGAGGCCGUGCACGCUUGCCAUGGUUGUGGCUACGAAAUCUCAGACUGAGUCGCUUCGGUCGGGCACUAUUCAGGCGUACUUGCCCCUGAGCUGGCGGUGCCUAAGAACAACGACGACAAAAUUCUGGCAUCGUCUCCAAGCUCUGUCGCAAGCAACACAGGAACGCCUCAGGCUCAAAGUCGGGUUGCUGUGCAGGCGAGCGGCAACAGCCACUUACGUCUCUUCCAAGAAGGGCGCCACCUUGGAGGAGCAUAACGACACCGGCUGCAGCGGCGCACGAGCCAACAAAGGGGCAGGACCAUUGGAGACGACGGACACAGAGGUGCAUGAUAGGCAUGCCGAUCAUCAGACACUAUGGAGCGAUCCCACCCGUGAUGCCGCAGUACACGCAGCCAUCGCCGCCACCGCCACAUGCCAUGAUCUACGGGUAAGUGCCUGCUCAGCAGCGUACAAGAGAAAUCACCGCGGGGCCCUACUCGCCAAGACGAUGCUUCUCUUAUCGUGCUUAUUUACUUGCCUUAUAUGUGUGACGAGAAGGAGCGGGAGAUUCAGAGGCUCAGGUUGGCAUCACUAG